AUGCAGACCGUCCCAGAGACCGAGGAUCCGGUCUAUUCUUUCUGUAUAGGCCAGCAUGAAAGCAAUCGUCAGCUGCCUGUAAGCUCUCAGGCUAUUCAUUACGCUCACGCCAGUAAUUAUGACAUGCUGACUACGCCAAUAACCACGUCGCAUUUUCAUUCACGCGUUUUGUCGUUGCUCUCGUCUCAUCUAGCUUCGCUAGAUCCUCCGGACUACGAUGCAGUUGGCACCCGAGGAACUUCUUAUAACACAAAAGCCGUGACAAUUCCUCCUCUAACCCCAGACGAUACGCCUCUAACUCCCAAUGAGUCAAUCAGCCAGGUGGUUGGAAUCACCAGCUCCUGGAUCGAUCUUUGCUCACCGGAUCCUUUGAUAGCGGAGGUUUCUCGCCAGGUAUUAAUGCUGGAGGUUGCCUAUGCGGCAUUCUGUGGCAUUAGCUAUCUCAUCAUUCCAGGUCCGAAACUUCAGCAUGGUGGUCUUCACUCUGAAGGCUUGAUCUACUAUGCGAGAGCUAUACAAGAGGCCUUAAACAUAGCCCCUUAUAUUCAGUUCCACAUCUGGCUGGAAAUGGUCGAUAAUCCGGAUUUGGAGGCAUCUGAGAUGGGUGACUUGGCUCCAUUUGUAAGAAACGAGUUUCUGGAGCCAAGCGAAGAUCGACCUGCGAAGCUUGAUCUCUUUGGAACCUGGGAUGCAUGGGAGAUUAUUAGAACUACCUGCAAACACCACUCAAGAUUGCUCGUCGCUUUGGCGCUUCCAAAACAUCUUCCGGUCCUGCCAGUUCAGACUCGCUGGUAUUCGGAGCCUGUACACAUGCUGACAAUCGAAGGGACGACGUUUAUCAAAAACCCGAAAGGCUAUCCUGUUCUAUCCAAGGGCCAUCAAUCGCUUAUUGCUAGGUUUAUGCGUCUUCGUACACCACCUUGGAUCCUGCUUUGUGACGUUGGACCCAUCCCUGGCUUGGAGAACGAUGACGAAUCUCAGUCAGUUGCUUCUGCUGCUGCUGCUGAUAAAGUGGAUUUUCCUACUAUAGCACAGACAAUGUCUCAAGGGAAGAAGCACCAGGACCCUACUCCCCAACUGUCCUACAUGAGGAAUCUGCAACAACGACAACCACCCCGCACUCCUAUUGAGCGGUUCGGCACCGGAUAUCAGGAUUACUUACAGGCACCCUUGCAACCGUUGACCGUCAACUUGGAGAGCAUUACUUACGAAGUAUUCGAGAAAGAUCCCAUCAAAUAUGCAUGGUAUGAACGAGCCGUUGCGAAAGCUCUAAACGAUUGGAUGGAGCAAAAGAAGCCUACGUCAGGUCCGGAUGGAAAAGUCGUCGUUGCUGUUGUAGGUGCAGGACGCGGUCCUUUGGUGACACGGGCCCUUCGUGCAAGCGCUGAGACCGGCGUCAAGAUUGAGAUGUGGGUGGUUGAAAAGAAUCCCAAUGCUUUUGUUCUGCUCCAGCGACAUAACGAGACUAUCUGGGACGGGGCUGUCAAUCUCGUCAAGUCGGACAUGCGAAGCUGGAAAGGGCCUCAUAGGGGAAAUACGGACAGUUCUCAGUCACUAGAUGCAGCAUCCGUCAAACAUACACCCAUCGACAUCCUUAUUUCUGAGCUCUUGGGCUCUUUUGGAGACAAUGAGCUUUCUCCUGAAUGCUUAGAUGGCGUGACUCAUUUGCUCAACCCCGGACAUGGCAUAUCUAUCCCUUCUUCUUACUCGGCACAUCUGACGCCCAUUGCCGCACCGAAGCUCUAUGCCGACAUAUGCGGACAACGAACCUCCAACCCUGCAGCACCCGAAACUCCAUACGUAGUCAUGCUACACGCAAUUGACUAUCUAUCGACAACCUCCUCUCCAGCAUCAGCAACUGUACCUACAUCUCACUUAGGCAGCAGCAUUGGUAGCAACCAUAGCGCAUCAGGAGGCGGUGUGAGGAAUUCCGCUGUAACUCCGCCUCCAGUCUUCGAACCUCCAGUGCCCAUCGUCCAUCCGGCCUGGUCUUUUUCUCACCACAACCCCAACAUUCCCACCCAGCCAGCAAGUUCGUCGACGAUACCCAAUGAACACAACGUUCGCCAAACCCGUCUUUCGUUCCCGUGCCAGCAUCGCGGCGUCUGCCACGGGUUAGCCGGGUAUUUCGAGACAGUGCUGUAUGACGACGUUGAGCUAUCCACUAAUCCAGUGACGAUGGAAACCAAAAGUUCUGGCAUGAUAAGCUGGUUUCCCAUAUUCUUUCCUUUAAAGACACCACUCUAUAUCCCCGACGGCGGCGAAAUCGUCGUAACCAUGUACCGACAAACCGACAAUCGCAAAGUUUGGUACGAAUGGAUGGUAGAAGUAUUCCGACUAGAGCCGCGCACGUCAGCAGCAGCAGCAGCAGAAAAUUCUUCAAGCCCACAGCGAACUGAUUACAGAACAAUAACAGCAGCAGCAGUGGUAGUAAUGGAUAUCGCCGAAUCCGUGUCGGGAUGA